AUGUUUGCAAGUGUGUCUCACGAGUUCCGAACUCCGUUAAACGCUUUUGAGAACUCUCUGAAUCUCAUAAAGAUGCAGUUUGACGAAGUCCUGGAUGAUGCAGGUCCUUUCUUGAACCAAGAGACAAGGCUAAGAGUAGAUGAACACACAGCCAGGAUCGAGAAGUUCCUGAAGAUGGGAACCAUAUCUUCACGACUGCUGAUGAACCUAGUGGAGGAUAUAUUAGAUUUAGAGAAAUUUGAUUCUGGAGUCUUCGCUCUGAAUAUUGGUUCUUUUAAAUUAGGUGAAUUAAUACAAGAUAUACGCUACAUCUUUGAAGAACAAUGUCAUGAAAGAGGAUUCUAUUUUGAAGUGCUUCCUGAGAAUGAGAGCUUGCUCGAUCGUUUCUUCGUAUCUGAUCAGGGUCGUAUACGUCAGGUUUUGAUCAAUCUUAUCUCUAACGCUGUAAAAUUUACUCAUGCAGGAGGAAUACAAGUAAUUUUAGAGCAGAAAAAAUCAGCUAAAGGAAUCCAAUUAUGGUUUUCCGUCAAAGAUAGCGGAGUAGGAAUUAACAAGAAAAAAGCAAACUUAUUCCAAAUGUUUAGAAUGGUUCAAGCUCAUCGCAAAGAAAUCAAUCAACAUGGAACAGGAAUUGGACUACAUAUUUCAAAAAAGAUUGUUGAGAGCUUAGGAGGAGAGAUCGAUUAUGAAUCUGAAGAGUCUGUUGGAUCAAUAUUCUCAUUUUACAUCACACCCUACGCCAACCCAGCCCUCCCUUCCCCCACCUCCCUCACCCUCCCUUCCGAAUUCCUCUCCGAGUCCAUCCUUCCCAUAAAUCCUCACUUCAAGGAUCCCAACCGGUCAAAAUUCCUGUGCUAAUGGCCUUCUGCACUGCUCUCAAUCCUG